GCACUAAGCGUCUGCGCGACCCGGUCAGUCGCGCGAGCGCAGAUCGGUGGUUUGAAGUGGUGGUGAACCGCCCGGCUCAGAGGGGUCCCGCGUCUUCGCAGCGACUGCGGCACCGAUUUCGGCAGCUUUCAAAGGCGGGGCGCGGCAUGUCGUGGGUUCCGCGGGGCUGGCAGUGAACGCGCGGGCGGGAUGGGUCGGCGCCGGGGUGUGGAGCUGUACCGGGCCCCGUUCCCGUUGUACGCGCUUCGGGUGGACCCCAAGACUGGGCUGCUCAUCGCUGCGGGCGGAGGCGGCGCUGCCAAGACUGGCAUAAAGAAUGGCGUGCACUUUCUGCAGCUAGAGCAAAUCAACGGGUGCCUGAGCGCCUCCCUGCUGCACUCUCAUGACACAGAGACGCGGGCUACUAUGAACUUGGCACUGUCAGGUGACAUCCUUGCUGCGGGACAGGAUGCCCGAUGUCAGCUUCUACGUUUCCAGGUCCAUCAGCCGAAGGGCAGUAAAGCAGAGAAGUCGGGUUCCAAGGAGCAGGGACCUCGACAGAGGAAGGGGACAGCUCCAGCAGAGAAGAAAUCGGGAGCAGAAAUUCACCCCGAAGGAGUCGAACUCAAAGUGAAGAACUUGGAGGCGGUGCAGACAGAUUUCAGUGCUGAACCGCUGCAGAAGGCUGUGUGCUUUAACCACGAUAGCACACUGCUUGCCACUGGAGGGGCCGAUGGUCACGUGCGUGUCUGGAAGGUACCUAGCCUGGAGAAAGUUCUGGAGUUCAAAGCCCAUGAAGGGGAGAUUGGAGAUUUGGCUUUGGGUCCUGACGGCAAGUUGGUUACUGUGGGCUGGGACUUUAAGGCCUCCGUGUGGCAGAAGGAUCAACUUGUGACACAGCUACAGUGGGAAGAGAAUGGACCCGCCUCUGCUAACACACCGUACCGCUACCAGGCCUGCAGGUUUGGGCAGGUUCCGGACCAGCCUGGUGGGCUGCGGCUCUUCACAGUGCAGAUACCCCACAAGCGCCUACGUCAGCCCCCGCCCUGCUACCUCACAGCCUGGGACAGUUCCACCUUCUUGCCACUUCGGACCAGGGCCUGUGGCCAUGAAGUCAUCUCCUGCCUCAGUGUCAGUGAAUCGGGGACCUUCCUAGGCCUAGGCACGGUCACUGGCUCUGUCGCCAUCUACAUAGCUUUCUCUCUCCAGCGCCUCUAUUAUGUGAAGGAGGCCCACGGCAUUGUGGUGACAGAUGUAACCUUCCUGCCUGAGAAGGGUUGUGGUCCACAGCUUCUUGGGCCCCAUGAAACCGCCCUUUUCUCCGUGGCUGUGGAUAGUCGUUGCCAGUUGCACCUGCUGCCCUCACGGCGGAGUGUUCCUGUGUGGCUCCUGCUCCUGCUGUGUGUCGGCCUUAUUAUUGUGACCAUCCUGCUGCUCCAGAGUGCCUUUCCAGGUUUCCUUUAGCCUCCCUUGGUCAAUGGGAAACAGGCUUGGACACUGCCACCUUCCCGAGCAGAAUCAUUGAGGUCCACGGCUGAGGCUGCCUCCGAUGAGACUGAUGGGUACUGCCUGUCUCUCAGCUAAA